AUGUCACUAGGUAGACGGGGCCUUCUGCAGGCAAAUCAAAUUUUGAAAAUGUUCUGCAUCUGGAAAGUGGGUGAUGGUACGUCAAUUAGAGCGGUUUCUCAACCAUGGGUUCAUGGUCAAAUCCCAAAAUUCCGGGAUAAUGUUAAUCUUGGGACAGCAACUACCACACGUGUAGCAGAUCUUAUACUACCAAAUAAUCAGGGUUGGAAUACACGAAUGAUACAUCGGUUCUUCAUCCCUCAUGAUGCACGGAUGAUUCAGAGCAUGGAAUUACCUUACAGGCCUACUGAGAAGGACCGAUUCUACUGGCCGUUGACCCGGUCAGGUAAUUAUUCCACCAAGUCAGGUUACGGCUUACUAUUACGCCACCAGCAAAAUGAAACAUACAACAUGACAACCCCUAUAGGUUCGAAGUUCUUUCGACAACUUUGGGGUUUGAACAUCAUGCCUAAAUGGAAAUUGUUUGUAUGGAAGAUAUGGCACAAUUGUCUUGCCACAUCUUCUAACCUCCUGAAAAGAAAUAUUACGACUACUUCCCAUUGCGCAACAUGUCUUGAUGAUUAUGAAGAUGAUCAACAUAUUUUUCGGUUCUGCCCUCUGGCUAUUGAAGCUUGGGUGGCAUCGGAUCUUCAAAUUAACCCUUCUGGUCCGGCAGACAUAUCAAUGGCAGAUUGGCUAGAAUUAUGGAUGGAUAAAUUCCUCAAGGAAGAUGGCUUCGGAGGUUUGCGCCUACCACAGUUCAUUGGCACUCUUUGGGCCAUAUGGAAGGCCAGGAAUGGGCAAGUUUUCAGCCAUAUUAGGGCUACAGAAGAAGUCUACCAAUGUCACCUUAGGGAGAGUCAUCAACAACAUGUCAGAUUUUUGAGAGAUGAUCAUCCUCCUUUCAUUCCGCCGCCUGCUCCCAAUUAUGGGCCUCCACCAGGUCUCCUCUCUAUCAAGCUGGGUAAAUUGCAAGGCUUUCAUCCGGAUAUAAUCAUUCAAAUAGAUGGUUCGUGGGAUAAAAGUACGGGGUUUGGAGGAGUAGGUUGGGUUGCAAUGCGACAAUCACGACCAUUUCGAAACAAAGGGGAGUUCUUGUUUGCUUCUUCUGCCCUUCACACCGAAGCACUAGCUUGCUUAUCAGCUAUCAAAUGGGUUCGCUCUAUGAACCUAGCAAAUGUUUUAAUAAUUACGGAUUCGGCGUUACUAGUAACUUUUCUGGGUUCUAAAGCUCGUGAGGACAUCACAAUUCACUACACUCUUGAUGCCAUUCGCACAGAGGCAGGAGAGCUACCAAGCUGUUCUUUGCUCAAGGUCAAUCGGGACCAAGUACAGAUGGCUCACGUGCUGGCGCUCAACUGUCGAAAGACCAGACUUUCAUUAGAGUAA